AUGAACGAUGACAGGUCGCUUUGCGCUCAUUAUCUCACUGGCGAGGAAUUUUGGGGAAUAAUUAUUCUAGACCGAAUUCAUUCCAUCAAGAGUCCUCUCGAAGUGCCCAGUCAAUCUGCAUUCUAUGCCCGUUGCGAUCGUCAAAUAUUGCCGCCAGUUCUUGUUUUAGUGCGCAAGAUUGAGUUCUUGGAAUGGGCGCGUCAAUCAGAACAGCCAUUACCAGUCCCUCCUCCCCUAUUGAUUUUUUCUGAAAGCCUUUGGUUGACUUGCUCUGGUCGUCUUCCUAUUGUUAAAUCAAAUUUGAUGAAUGGAAAUGACGGUAAGGCAGGGCUGAGCAGAGCACUUUCAGAAAAGGUGUUAUUUGGCCCAGCUUCCAUGGCAACCACGGUUACUUUGAACCUAAACAACACGACGGAUAGUGAUGACUGUACGUCAUUUCUUCACUACCAUCUCAAUUUGGUUACGACAAUCUCGAGCAGUCAACGGCCAGUGCCGAAAACGCACGACCAAUGGUCAAUGGAGAACGGCCGAAACAUGGUCAGAUCCGGCCCCACCCAUUUUGGCAGGUUGUCAAACCCGUUGCAUUCUGGCCAGCAUAACCCUGGACUCUGCCCCAGUGGCGACCCGACGCGCGCGGCAGAUCAGUCUCGCUUUCGCCAGCACAUUCUCAAUGUUGUUGGCCAUCCAUCUGAGAGAAGAUGGGAGGAAUUAUUCAUUCCCAAGGAAGAAUUCGAGACGGUUUUGUUCCGAUGCCAUACCGAGGCGCCACAUCUAAUAUUUGGGUUGAAUCAAUACAAGACCAUCGGCUCAUCUUGGGCCUUUGACAACGCAAUUUUUUGCUUAGAUGAGCGUAAGAAGACGUGGCUCGGGAGUAUUUUGCCUACAGCCGAACCGCGUUUCUCGACUGAGACCCUGCAUUGUCCAAUUGAUGCUAACUCACACACCCCCUUUCAAUCACUUAAACUUUCUUUCGUUCUCUACUUUUCGACCAUGGCUUCAACUUCGAAUGAGAGUCCAAGGGACCAGGAGAAGGACGCCAGCACACGCGAGGCCGCGAUAGAUACCUCCGUUAUUGCGACAGACAACACAAGCAGUAACGACAGCCCUCCGACAUCAUCGUCUCAAGCAUCACCUACUGCAGAGAAGUCAACAACAACCCCUGCUGGACCUCCAGACGGUGGUUUGCAAGCAUGGCUCCACAUCCUUGGGUCUUUCUUCAUCUACUUUAACACAUGGGGUAAGCAAGAUCGAUCUUUGGGCUCGCGUUUUACGCGAUGCAACCAUCGUCUCAUCUCGAGCUUCGGCGCCUUUCAGGCCUACUACCAGUCUGAUCUCCUGAAAAACAACACUGCCUUUGAGAUCUCGACAAUUGGUUCCCUGCAGAACUUCCUUAUGGUCUUCUUGGGUUUCAUCAUCGGCCCAAUUUACGACCUGGGCUACUCACGAUACCUGCUGGUGGUAGUAGGAUCUAUCCUGGUGCUGAUCGGGCUUAUCCUCCAAGCCUUCUGCCAGAACCUGUGGCAGUUCCUACUCUGCCAGGGUCUCAUCAUCGGCCUGGGAACCGGAUGUCUGUCUACGCUAGGCGUCGCACUCCCAUCGCAAUGGUUCUCUACUAGGCUCGCGCUUGCCAAUGGCAUCGCGGCCAACGGUAGCGGUGUUGGGGGUCUCGUCCUACCAGCAAUGUUCCGAGCAAUCCAACCUAAGAUCGGCUUCCGAUGGACAGUCCUCGUCUUCGCGCUCAUCGCGCUUGUGACGCUCGGCGUAGCCAACCUCGUCAUCAAGACAUCGAAGCUCAAGAUCCCUCUCAAGCGGCGACCGCUCGUCGACAAGUCCGUCUUCCACGACCUCCCGUUCCUUCUCUUCCUCGGCGCCUGCUGUCUGCUCUUCCUGGGCAUGUACACGCCGUACGUCUAUGUGCAGAGCUACGCCCUCGAGAACCACAUGGCCAGCGAGAAUGUCGCGCUCUACCUCCUCUCGAUGCUCAACGGCGCCUCUAUUGUUGGGCGCAUCAUCCCCAACUUCUUUGCACCCUACAUUGGCAUCAUGAACAUGAUUGCUAGCGCCGUCUUCGUCAUGUCGAUUGCCGCCUUCUGCUUCGCGGCGACGAACAGCCAGGCUUCACUCAUUGCCGUCACUAUGGUGUAUGGCUUCUUCAGCGGAACAUUCUUCGGCUUGCAGCCGACUACGUUCGUCAAGCUUACAGCUGACAAAAGUUACAUGGGCACCAGAUUUGGCAUGGCAUUUACUGUCAUGUCGGUGGCACUCCUGUUCGGAUCGCCCAUUGCUGGUGCGCUGUCCAGGUCGCAUGGAUAUUUGAGCGGUUGGAUCUGGUCGGGAUGUUGCCUUGCGGCUAGCGGUGUCACGAUUUGCAUUUCGCGCGGGUUUGCUGGUGGCUGGAAGCUGAACAAGGCGGUUUGA